AUUAAGGCAGUUUAUACCAUUUUAAAACAUUACAUUCAUAGAUUUCACAACACAUCACACACCCUCAGGCCCCUACUCCACUACCACAUGUCUACAGUACUAAAUCCAUGUGUAUGUAUAGUGCAUAUGUUAUCGGAUGUGCGUGUGCGUGUGUGUGUGUGUGUCUGUGCCAUUGUUUGUGUUGCUUCACAGUCCCCGCUGUUCCAUAAUGUUUAAAAAAAAAUCUAAUUUGACUGCUUGCGUCAGUUACUUGAUGUGAAAUAGAGUUCCAUGUAGUCAUGGCUCUAUGUAGUACUGUGUGCCUCCCAUAGUCUGUUCUGGACUUGGGGACUGUGAAGAGACCUCUUGUGGCAUGUCUUGUGGGGUAUGCAUGGGUGUCUGAGCUGUGUGCCAGUAGUUUAGACAGAUAACUCGGUGCAUUCAACAUGUCAAUACCUCUCAUAAAUAAAAGUAGUGAUGAAGUAAAUCUCUUCUCCACUUUCAGCCAGGAGAGAUUGACAUGCAUACUUAAUAUUAGCUCUCUGUGUACAUCCAAGGGCCAGCCGUGCUGCCCUCUUCUGAGCCAAUUGCAAUUUAGUGUUGUUAAGAAGGGAGAGCAUCACUUUACUAUAGACAGACUUCUCCCCAUCCUAGGUACCACUGCAUCAAUAUGUUUGACCAUGACAGUUUACAAUCUAGUGUUACUCCAAGCAGUUUAGUCAUCUCAACUUGCUCAAUUUCCGCAUUAUUUAUGAAGUGUUGUAAUGCUUGCUAUGUGUAAUAGGUUCUGCCCUAGCCACCAGUAAUUCCACUAAACUACACUAAACUCUACAUUCCGUCUGGGAAUGUUCUGCCGCCUGUGCCGUCAACAUAGGCAGGCUGCUAAGAGGGAUGUGUCAAAGUGCCCUUUUAUUGAAAUAGGGGCCCAGAUUCAUCGUCUGGACUAUAUUAACCGGCACCAAGGGACAGAGCACCACAUGGAAAGUGUGAGGGCUCAUGCAAUGCUGGCUAAAGGUGAAAAUUGUUCAAUUUGAUUCUUACAUUUCUCAAAAUCUCUUCUAAUGUAAAAGAUGCCUCAGAUUGUGCACUAACCGUGGCUCAAUAAUAACGCAUUACGCCUGUUGCUGUUCACAGGCUCCUCAGUCAUGGUUGCAUUCAAGCCAACCACAGUGCUUAAGCACAACACCGUAUGUGGGGGUUUUGAAUGUCUGUACCAUAUAACAAAAUGGGGGCAGGCCCAUCACACAAACUUCCCAGAACUGCUGGACCUUGCUGAAUUGCUGGGUUGUGAUUAUUUCACAAAGCUCAAGGUGAAUGAGGGCUCCACAAUUCUGUUGUGACGUAGAAGUCCGUCACUGGCCGCGGGCAGCAUUUGGUACUUUAACGCACACACACUGUGCUGCCAUCCUGUUUGAAGGUAACAAUGGUUAAGAUGGAUUUUCAUUGUGUUCCAUGGUGUUAUUUGCCCCCUAGUGGAGCUUUCUGGUACUUAGACUGUACGCAAACAGGAAGUAGAGAAUUCGUUCUGCACGCGUAGAAGCAGCUAAAAACAACGCUACGGUGCAGGUCUUUCAGUGUAGUUAUUUCUUGUCACGCUUCAGCCUUGGAAAAUAUUUGUUUUUUUACAACAUAAACGUUUUCAAUAUAUUCAUUCAAGAAAAGUCAAGCCUUGGGAGUUUUAUUGAAGACUUAGUUGUUAGCUAUCUGUGUAGUUUUGCAUGGGAACGCAUCUCAAGGGCAGAAUAGUAAAAAAACAUCAUCACGGCGGGCUCAAGCUCAAGAAUAACCACACACGGUGGUUUGUUUCUACAUUCCUCAGCCAACAAAGUCUCAGUUCCUAUGGAAGACCAGCAGUCUACGGUACAACAACCAGAGCCAAGAGGUCGACAGAGAGAGAUGGAGGAGCCUCUUAACCACAUUGGGACCAAGUCUCAAUCUACAAGAUCAAGGUCAUCAAAACAGUCAAGCAGAUCCUCAACGGCGAGUUCUGCAGCCAUCAAAGUACGCGCCAAGGCAGACGCAGCGCGUGCACAAGUCUCCUAUGCUGAGAAGGAAGCUUCUGUGAUGAAACAAAAGGCAGAAAUAGAGGCCAGCUUGUUGAAGCAAAAAGCUGACCUCGAGGCAAGUUUAUAUGUUCUCCAAUUUGAGAGAACAGCUGCUGCUGCAUUGGGUGAAGCUGCAGCCUUUGAAGAAGCUGUAGAAUCAGAACGCAGAGAGCUUCGCAAAGAACUAGACACAGGGACACAGCCCUUAAGUCCAGUCCAGCGUACUUGUGAGUAUGUGCAACAACAUGCUAGGCCCUACUUUGCUGAACUUCCAUUUGAAGUGGAGAAACAAGAGCUUAGUCUUGACCCAGCUACAUGCCAUAAUCCAGAAAGUACCAAACAACAGAGCAUGAGCAGAGACUCUCCGUUCAAAAGAAAUGAGCAGCAGCAUGGUGUAAAUGGAAAACAAGCCCACUUCCAGUCACACACACAAAGCGUCCUGAGUCACAAGUGGCACCAGACCUCAUCAAGUACCUCCUACGCCGUGAGAUGGUGAGUUCCGGACUCCUGAAGUUUGAUGAUCGCCCUGAAAAUUAUUGGGCAUGGAAAGCAUCCUUUCUCAAUGCGACCAGAGACUUGAAUGUAUCAGCCAGGGAAGAGUUAGAUCUAAUUACCAAGUGGCUAGGGGCAGAGUCGUCUGAGCAAGCAAACAGAAUUAGAUCUGUCCAUAUUUUCAACGCAACAGCAGGGCUUAACAUGGUCUGGCAACACCUAGAAGAGUGCUAUGGUACACCCGAAGUGAUCGAGAAUGCACUGUUGAAGAAAAUUUAUGAUUUUCCAAAACUGGCUAACAAAGACAAUCACAAACUAAGAGAACUAGGUGACAUUCUUCUCGAACUGGAGAAUUGCUGGGUUAAAGGAGAAGGGUACCUUCCAGGCCUCGCUUAUCUGGACACAUCUCGGGGGGUAAACCCUAUAGUAGAGAAACUUCCAUUCAGUUUACAAGAAAAAUGGAUUGCACAGGGAUCCAAAUACAAGGAAGACUAUCGGGUAGCAUUCCCACCAUUCUCGUUCUUCUCGAGAUUCAUCAGGAACCAGGCGAAAACUAGAAACGACCCCAGUUUCACCCUCUACACCUCAACUAACCAGGUGUCUAUGAAAAGUGAGAAACCUGCCAGGUACAGCAGCAAGACACCUGUGACUGUAUACAAAACCGAUGUGUCAUCUGAGCCCUCAGACCACCAAACCAAACCCAGUAAGACAAAGAUUGAAAACCCUGACCAUCACUGCCCGAUACAUAACAAACCUCAUCCUCUUAAAAAGUGUCGUGGGUUUAGAUACAAAACUCUAGAUGAGCGCAAAUGAUAUCUCAAAGAGAAUGGAAUUUGUUUCCGAUGUUGUGGGUCAACUCAGCACAGAGCUAAAGACUAUAAGGUGUCAAUCAAGCGCUCUGAGUGCGACAGCGACAGACAUCUUGCUGCUCUGCAUCCAGGCCCAGCCCCUUCAAAUACAGACACUGCUACAGCAGAGAAAGAGCAUGGCGGGGAGCAAGGUGACGAUGCUCUUCUAUCUGUCACCUCAAAGUGUACGGAGAUCUGUGGUGAGGCAGUUAAUCCAAGAUCAUGUUCAAAAAUAUGCCUAGUUAAAGCUUAUCCGUCUGGAAAAAGAGAGAAAGCUGUCAAAAUGUAUGUAGUGCUUGAUGAACAGAGUAACAAAUCUCUGGCCAAGACAGAGUUUUUCAAUCUCUUCAACAUCAAUGACAACUCUGCUCCAUACACCAUGAAGACCUGUUCUGGGGUAAUAGAGACUUCAGGCAGGAGAGCCGUCAACUUCAUGGUGGAGUCUAUAGACGGACACAUGCAGCUAUCUCUCCCUACUCUGAUAGAGUGUGAUAUGAUGCCAGACGAUAGGACGGAGAUUCCCUCCCCCGACAUGGCGUAUCAUCAUCCCCAUCUGCAACCAGUUAUGGACAAAAUUCCAGCUGUGGACCCAGACGCUCCCAUCCUCCUGCUCUUAGGACGAGACAUCUUAAGGGUACACAAGGUACAAGAGCAAAUCAAUGGGCCCCACGACACUCCUUUUGCACAGCGACUCGACCUCGGGUGGGUCAUCGUGGGUGAGGUCUGUCUGGGAACAGCUCACCGACCAGCCAAUGUUAACGUGUUCAGGACAAACAUACUUCAAAAUGGUCGCACAUCCUAUCUGAGCCCUUGCCCUGACAUCAUCCAGGUAAAAGAGAACUACAACAACGUAGCUCAGAAACACAUCUCUCCCUCUACAGUGCACUCGAGAGAUCCGAGCACAACUGUGAACACAGACAACCUGGGAUGUUCCGUGUUCGACAAAACAAAGCCUUUUUGGACAUUAUGAACAAACAGGUUUUCCAGGAUGAUGGAAACAACUGGGUGGCUCCACUACCCUUUCGCCCCACUCGACGUCGCCUUCCUAAUAACAGGGAGCAGGCCAUAAACCGUCUCACAUCACUUCGCAGGACUUUAGACAAAAAGCCUGACAUGAAGCGUCAUUUUAUUGACUUCAUGCAAAAGAUGCUGGAUAACGACCAAGCCGAACCUUCACCGCCACUAGAGGGAGACAACGAAUGUUGGUAUCUACCCAUAUUUGGUGUUUACCAUCCACAAAAGCCUGAACAAAUAAGAGUAGUAUUUGACUCCAGUGCUAAGUGUCAAGGCGUGUCACUUAACGAUGUUCUGCUCAGUGGUCCAGACUUAAAUAACACACUCUUGGGUGUCCUAAUGCGCUUCCGCAAGGAUUGAUCCUCUCCCCUUUCAACGAAGUCUAGGACUUUCCUGGAACCUGGAAACAGACAGCUUCUCAUUCCAGGUGUCCCACAAUGAGAAGCCUUUUACGCGGAGAGGCAUCCUGUCCACAGUGAAUAGUCUUUAUGACCCCCUUGGGUUCGUGGCUCCAAUAACAAUGCAAGGUAAAGCCUUAAUCAGAGAACUCUCUUCUGAUCAGAGUGAGUGGGAUGCCCCUCUUCCCCCAGAAAAAUAAGAGAAAUGGAACAUGUGGAAGGAAUCUUUGAUGGAGUUGGAACAUAUGUAUAUUCAGCGGACCUACAUCCCAGUCUCCUUGUCUACCACUCAAAGAAGAGAGCUACACAUCUUCUCGGAUGCCUCUACAGUAGCCAUAGGAGGGGUAGCCUACCUGAGAGUUAUUGAAUCGAAAGGUCAAUGCCAUGUUGGAUUUGUCAUGGGGAAAUCAAAAUUGGCCCCUCGUCCGGCCCACACUAUCCCACUCCUAGAACUGUGUGCGGCUUUGCUAGCUGUUGAUAUGUAUGAACUGAUCAGAGACGAAAUUGACAUUGAUGUAAAUGCGGCCAAGUUCUACACAGACAGUAAGAUAGUUCUCGGUUACAUCCACAAUGUCACCAAAAGAUUCUAUGUGUAUGUUGCCAAUAGGGUAACUCGCAUCAGGAAGUCUACCCAUCCAGAUCAGUGGUGUUAUGUACACACUGACAGCAAUCCAGCAGACCAUGCAACCAGGCCUAUACUUGCUGCGCUCUUAAAGUACACCAGUUGGUUCUCAGGUCCACCUUUCCUGACCCAAACAAACUCAAGUGAGCCUGAGAACAUAAAAUCUGACCUUGUAGAGCCUCACGCAGACACAGAGAUUCGACCAGACGUCACUGUCUUCGCCUCUAAGGUUUCUGGAGCUCAACUCGGCUCUCAUCGCUUUGAGAGGUUCUCAAGCUGGAAAGCUCUCAAUCGAGCCACAGCACGACUCAUUCAUGUUGCCAGAUCCUUACAUGAAUGUGCGGACAACACCAGCUGCAGAGGCUGGCAUGACUGUAAUAAACCAUGCGGUACAAGUAAGUUGUCACAGGCCAAAACAGCAAUCAUUCACUGUGUGCAACAUGAAACCUUCAGAGAGGAAUUCAAAUGCCUUGAAAAAGGAAAAGUGUUCCCUAAACAAAGUACACUCAAUGUUACUGACACAAAAGACCAGCGCUACCUCAGCCCCUUCUGGAUACUUCAGCAUGAACGACCUUCAUGGAAAACAGUGGAAGCAAGUCCAGUGUCUCGCUGACACCUUUUGGAAAAGGUGGAGACAGGAGUACCUGACAACGCUGCAGAGACGCAGAAAAUGGACAGCAGAAAAGCCAAAUGUAAAAGUGGGAGACGUUGUCUUAUUGAAAGACAGUCAGGCACACAGAAAUGACUGGCCAGUCGGGCUUGUGGUCAAAACCUUUCCCAGUACUGACAAAAAGGUUAGGAAAGUAGAACAAAAAAUUGUCAAGCAAGGAGCUGCUAAGGUGUUUCUGAGACCAAUCUCAGAGAUUGUUGUUCUUCUUUCUGAAGCAUCCUAGAUACAAAAGAUAAAAAUAGAAAGGACAUUAUUUGUUUCUUGAUAUGUUUUAUUUCACAGUGGCACAAUUUCAUUAUACCAGGCGGGGAGUGUGCUGCCAUCCUGUUAGAAGGUAACAAUGGUUAAGAUGGAUUUUCAUUGUGUUCCAUGGUGUUAUUUGCCCCCUAGUGGAGCUUUCUGGUACUUAGACUGUACGCAAACAGGAAGUAGAGAAUUCAUUCUGCACGCAUAGAAGCAGAUAAAAACAAUGCUACGGUGCAGGUCUUUCAGUGUAGUUAUUUCUUGUCACGCUUCAGCCUUGGAAAAUAUUUGUUUGUAAGUUCGAUUCAAGCAUUUAGCUAAUGAUGAUAAUCUUGUUAUUGAUAGAGUUUCUUACAUAUCAAUGUUGGUUGGUAGCAUUUACUCACACAAAUUGCAAUGCCUUUCAUGUAUGAUUGUCACGUUCCUGACCUAUUGUUCCUUUUUCUUUUCUUUUAUUUAGUUGGUCAGGGCGUGAGUUGGGGUGGGUUGUCUUUGUGUGUUUUUGUAUUGUCUAGGGUGUUGUAUGGUUUAUGGCAGGGGUGUCAAACUCAUUCCACGGAGGGCCUUGUGUCUGCAGGUUUUUGGUCUUUCCUUUCAAUAAAGCCCUAGACAACCAGGUGUGGGGAGUUCCUAACUAAUUAGUGAUGUUAAUUCAUCAAUCAAGUACAAGGGUGGAGCGAAAACCCGCAGACACUCGGCCCUCCGUGGAAUGAGUUUGACACCUGUGGUUUAGGGGGUUAUAUAGAGUAGAUGGGUUAGUGUUUAGUAUAGGUGUCUAGGAAAGUCUAUGGUUGCCUGAAUUGGUUCUCAAUCAGAGACAGCUGGUUAUUGUUGUCUCUGAUUGGGAGACAUAUUUAAGGCAGCCAUAGGCUUUAGCUGUUGGUGGGUAAUUGUCUAUGUGUAGUGUGUGUGUCAGCACUAUCUGUUGUUAUAGCUUCACGGUCGUCAGUUUUGUUAUUUUGUUAGUUUGUGUAUUGUUGUUGGU